AUGGCAUUACGACGGUCUUCACGAUUCCUGCGCUUGGCGACGUCAAGUCGAAUAUAUGUAAACGUUUCGACUGUGAUUCAAGCCCGCCAUAUGAGCAAUGCACAAGAGAAAUUAGGUCUUGCUAUGGAAGAACGUUAUGCAUGCAAAUCUUUUCUCCCGGAUGCAGUACCGGACAAGACACUUGAAGAAAUUCUUAAACUGACGCUUAGAGCUCCGACGGGAUUCAACACGCAACCGUACGCCUGUGUGCUGGUACGUGAGCAAAAGGACCGUGAAAAACUGGUAGAAGCGAUGAUGGACAGCAAUGCCCGCAAGGUUAAGGAGGCCCCAGUGGUGGCAGUCUUUGCUGCUGACUGCGAGCCUAGCAAGCGCCUACCGCGUUUGCAAAAGCUGGCCUAUGACAAUGGGGCCCCUGUUGAUGUCGUGAGCAACAUGCCGCACGUGGUGCGUCUUUUUUCAGGGGAGGGUAUGGUUGCGAGUGGUCUUCGUGCAGCCAUUGCAACGGUUUUGUCACCACUCAUGCCUGUUCCUUCGAACGUAUCCACUGAAGCAUGGGCAUUCAAACAGACAACGUUUGCUGCUGCUGCUUUUCUGUAUGCGGCACAGGUGCACGGCCUUGCAACGUGUCCGAUGGAAGGAUUCGAUCAGAUCCGCGUGAGGAACGCAUUGGACAUUCCAGACCGCUAUGGUGUGCCGGUAAUAAUAGCUCUUGGUCAUCCGAAUCCGUCUGCAAAGCCUGAAAAACCGUCCGCAAGACUGGAUCCGACGGAGGUAUUCUUUGAUGGCAAGUUUGGUGACUCGAGUGACCAAAUCUUCUCCAACAAGUAA